AUGUGUAGUCAUAUCAUGCACGUCAACUUACCGCCGGAAAACGUAAAGGGUGCUACUUGUUUGCUGAAAAGGGGAAAACCGGAUAACGAAAAACAUUGGCAUUACGAGCAAACAUUUGCGUCUCAGGAAGUAAUUGAUAAGAAGAAGAAAAAGAAGAAGAAGAAGAAGAAGAAGAAGAAUGUACGAUCGCCGGAUGAAGUCUUUAUUCGCUCUCAGGAUCUGGCAGUCGAACUACUUCUAAGAAGCAAGUACGAUGACACGGAGAAUUGCCGCGGAAAUGCCCAAAUCCUGCAGGUCCAGAACCUCUGUCUCAGGAUGUACUUCACGUUUAAUGGAACAAUCUACCAGCAGGUUGAGAGAAUACCGGUGAUUUCACCGAUUUCGGAAAGGAGGGCCCAGUGCUUCUACAGUGAUUAUCCUCCAAGCUGA